AUGUCAAAACCCAAUGUCCUUGUUAUUGGCUCUGGCGGAGUAGGCACUAUUGCUGCGCUCGCCCUCACGUUAAACAAGAAAGCUAAUGUUACUUUGGUCGUGCGCUCUGCCUAUGAUAAGGCUUCCACGGAGGGUUUCGAGAUCAAGUCGGUGACUUACGGAGAUCUUCAGAACUGGAAGCCUGCUCAUAUCAGCAGAAGUGUUGAAGAUGCUGUCGCUGACAAUGGUCCAUUCGAUUACAUUGUCGUUACUACAAAAAAUAUUCCUGACGGCCCUCUGCCAUGCGAUGAGAUUAUUAAACCGGCUGUGGUGGACGGCGUGAACACUGUCGUACUCAUUCAGAACGGUAUUGGUAUUGAAGAGCCAAUAAUUAAAGCUUAUCCAAACAACCCAGUACUUUCUGGCAUUUCGUUGAUUGGGUCCACCAAUAUCAAUUGCGUUGUGAACAAUCUGCACAAGGAUACAUUGAAGUUGGGUCCGUUCCAUAAUCCUAACAUUUCUGACGACAAAACCAAAGAAAAAGUCAAGGAAUUUGCACUGUUAUACCAAAACGAGAGUGAAGAUGUCAAUAAAGUCAUUAUCGAAGAUAGCGCAUUAAGAUCUAGAUGGGAGAAGUUGGUCUAUAAUAUGGUCUUGAAUACCACAUGUACUGUGGCUGGCUUAGACGUUAAUAGAUGCCAGAUCGGCGGUGCCAACGAGAACAUAUUUAGACCGGCUAUGAACGAAGUCCUAGCUAUUGCCGCUAGUGAGGGUGUUGAUCUCCCUAGUCUGACAAGUGAAUAUUUCAUUCAUAUCGGUGAUGGACUCUUCUAUUCACCUUCCAUGUUGGUAGACUCGAGAAAGAAGCAGCUUUUUGAGUUGGAAGUUAUUUUGGGUAAUCCAUUGAGAACUGCUGCUAAAAAUGGUGUGCCUACACCCGUUCUUUCAACAUUGUACGGUUUGUUAAAGAUGAUUCAAUUGAGAAUCAAGGAGGAAAUUGGUGUUGUUCAGAUAAAUCAGGGUGACUAUAAAGGUUUGAAUAGCGACGACUACCCGACAGCAUUCCAAGAUUUCCAGACUAAGCCUCACAAAGCCUAA